AUGCUCUUCCAUUCCCUCAAGGUCCUGGCCAUUUCCGGCCUGUGCCUCGUGCCCGCAAACGCGGGAGUCGCCAAACCUUCUACCGUCGGCAGUCUUCUCCGUCGCGAGGCCUGCGCUCCUGGCAGUGUUCUCUGUGUCCGUGACGACAACGAUGGAUGGGAUGAUGACCAUGAUGACCAUGAUGACGACUGGGAUGACCACGACAAUCACGACGAUGACUGGGACGACGGACCCCGUCCUCCCGUCGUUACUACCACGAUCACCACUGCGGCCGUCUCGCAAACUACUACCCCUGCGACGGUUGUUCCUGUCCCGACUACCCCACCCGUGCCGGGCCAUGUUGAUAAUGAUGAUGAUGACUGGGACGAUGACCAUGAUGACCACGACGACCAAUGGGAUGAUGACUGCCACGAUGACUGGGAUGACCAUGACAAUGAUGAUGACUGGCACGGCUGCCCCGUUGUCCCCGUUCCCGUUUCUACUACUACUUCGCAGUCUACCAGCUCGGUCAUCCCUCCUUCGUCUUCUACUUUGACCUCGACUACGAGUGCGGGCGUCUCGACCUUCACUGCGACGACGACUUUUACGCAGCCUCCUCCUACUGCCACUGGUGCGCCCAGCCCUGUCUCGGAGGACGAUUUCUUCGGUGAUGACCCGCACGAGGAUACGGCUGGCUUGGUCUCGGUUAAGGAUAGUGCCAUGGCCAUGUGGGUUAUGGUUGUUGUUGGAGGGGCCUUCCUCCUGCAGUAA